AAGCUGGGCUCUCCUCAGCCACCUCCUCCUCUUCAUCUUCCAACCUCCCUGCUCCACGCUGCUUCCUCUUCCUGGCUCACACUGCACUCGGCGAUGAGAGGGAGAUGAGAGAUGAAAGAGACAUUUGAUACUGGCUGUCCCUGCAUCCCGCUUGCAGAGCGCAUGAAAGGCUUCAACAGCAGUGUCAUUGCAGUGUAUUCCUUCUGUUUAGCUGCAAAAGAUAAUCCUGCAAUGAACUGAGAUAAAGACAGCAUUCUGUGGAGCAUGGAAGCAAUCACAAUGAUGGGCAGUCCAAACAGUAUAACUGAAUCCUUUCUGCAAAAUGGCACAAAUGGGGUAAAGGAAGACAAGACCAGUAUUGGGAUCUUAGGAAGUGGAGAUUUUGCAAAGUCCCUGACAAUAAGGCUCAUAAGGUGUGGGUACCAUGUGGUCAUUGGAAGCAGAGAACCAAAAUAUGCAUCAGACUUCUUCCCUCAUGUCGUCGAUGUAACACACCAUGAGGAUGCAAUUAUGAAGGCAAAUAUUAUAUUUAUUGCAAUACACAGAGAACAUUAUUCUUCCUUAUGGGAUGUAAAACAUCUGCUCUCUGGAAAAAUACUAGUUGACGUCAGCAAUAACAUGCGGGUGGAUCAAUACCCAGAAUCGAAUGCAGAAUACCUGUCUUCAUUGUUUCCAGAUUGCCAUGUAGUGAAAGGGUUUAACGUUAUCUCAGCAUGGGCACUACAACUUGGUCCUAAAGAUGCCAGCAGCCAGGUGUAUAUUUGCAGCAAUAAUGUCCAAGCUCGUCAACAAGUCAUUGAACUAGCUCGCAAGAUGAGCUUCAUUCCGAUUGACUUGGGAACAUUGUCUUCAUCAAGAGAGAUUGAAAACAUCCCUUUGCGCCUAUUCACACCUUGGAAAGGCCCUGUAGUAAUAUCGAUAAGCCUUGCUACUUUUUUCUUCAUUUACACUUUUAUUCGUGAUAUUAUCCACCCAUACGUCAGGAAUCAACAGAGUGACUUCUACAAGAUUCCCAUUGAAAUUGUGAACAAGACUUUGCCAAUAGUUGCGAUCACCCUUCUGUCUCUGGUUUACCUAGCCGGUCUUCUGGCCGCAGCGUACCAGCUCUACUAUGGUACAAAGUACAGACGGUUUCCUCCAUGGUUGGAGAGUUGGCUGGAGUGUAGAAAACAACUGGGCUUGCUAAGCUUCUUUUUCGCAUGUGUUCACGUUGUAUACAGUAUGUGUUUGCCAAUGAGAAGGUCGGAACGUUAUUUGUUUCUUAAUAUGGCCUAUCAACAGGUUCAUGCAAAUGUUGAAAAUUCAUGGAAUGAGGAAGAAGUGUGGAGAAUUGAAAUGUAUAUCUCCUUUGGAAUAAUGAGCCUGGGACUGCUCUCUCUGCUAGCAGUGACCUCCAUUCCAUCUGUCAACAAUGCCUUAAACUGGAGAGAAUUUAGCUUCAUUCAGUCUACCCUUGGAUACGUUGCUUUACUGAUAAGCGCCUUCCAUGUUUUAAUCUAUGGCUGGAAACGAGCUUUCGAAGAAGACAACUACAGAUUUUACACCCCUCCAAACUUUGUGUUGGCUCUUGUGCUCCCUACCAUAGUGAUUUUGGGUAAGAUUAUUUUGCUCUGCCCAUGCAUAAGCAAGAGACUGAGGAGGAUAAAAAGAGGUCGGGAGAAAAGUCAUUUCAAAGAGAACACAAGCGGAUCAGCAGCCCACGUAUCUCCAGUGAGGGUCACAGUUAUGUGAUGGUUACUUGAGAUUCAUGAAACUGAAAAUUAUAUUGCCAAAGGAUCCCCCAAAGCAAAGUUUUUAAAGUCUGUAAGGCAGCAGAUGUUGAAAACAACACACCCAGUAAUGUUACAGCAAUGGCCAGUUUUACUGUCUGCAAAUCAUGGAAGGAUCAUGCCAUAAGAUAUGGUUUGCCAGCGGGAUGGGGAGAUACAGUUGAUGAUCACAUGUUGCACAGUAUAUAUCAUUUUGCCAAUAACUUUGGUCAUAUCACAGCCUUGAAUUGGACAAAGAAAGCCUCUGUAACAGUAUUCAAAAAGGAGAGCAUCCCUUUCCCAAUAGUUUUCCAUUAUGUAUAAAUUACAGGUGUGAUAUUAAAUUUAUACUUUGUUCUUCCAAGACUGGAUGAGUUAGCCACAACCAGCAUUUACCAGCAAGAGCUGUUUUACCAUAAUACAAUAUGAUUUCAUCCAAUUGGCACAAGAAAUAACUUUACAACAACCAAUCAUCAGUGGCUAAAGACUCCGAAAUGGUCUCCAUUUUGCAAUACAUAAUAUAUUUACACUGCUUCUGUGCCAGGUUUCCACUAAUGUUGCUCUUCUUAUAGUGAGAAAUGUUAUGUAUGAGUAAUGGAUGGAAAUUUUGUAUAGCAGUGUGUUUAUUUCUUGUUCAUAGUGGACUGUUAAUUAGUAGUUACCCACAUCUAUGAUCUACAUAACAUACAGUAUAGUGAACUCAUUUGGCUGUCGCUGAUGUCUACUCAUCAAUGUAAUUAUUUUCUGUGCCAAAUCAGAUUAAAGUUGAUAGUUAUUUGUAGUUACACUGGUCUUUAUCUGAAGUUGAAUGUAUUUUUGUGGAAUGGAUAUUAAGAAAAAAGAUCAUAGCUAUAUGUGAAAAAUUGCAGUGAAACGUUGUUGUUUUUUUUAAAUAGCUGAUCAUGUCGGAUUUUGUAUACUGAGCUUGUGCCAUAGUCUAUUUGAAAUCCCGACCCAGAUGAAUGUUAAAUAAAUACUAAUUGAUAUCAAUAAAAGUACAUAUAUGAGUGUAGAAGGAC